AUGAUUCACUCGUUACUACUUUGCGGACACUCAUUGGAUGCAGAUGUGUUGUCACUUAGGCUCACCGAGCGCUGGUUCACCAAAGUCGAAAUCAUCAAGGCUGAGCUUGAGGAAAAGCAGUUCAAGGUCAAACUUACUGUCAUAGACACCCCCGCGUUUGGUGACUAUGUCAACAACUGCGAUUCAACAAAGUCGAAAUCAUCAAGGGCUGAGCUUGAGGAAAAGCAGUUCAAGGUCAAACUUACUGUCAUAGACACCCCCGCGUUUGGUGACUAUGUCGACAACUGCGAUUCACCGAAGUCGAAAUCAUCAAGGCUGAGCUUGAGGAAAAGCAGUUCAAGGUCAAACUUACUGUCAUAG